CGCUGUGCUUGCGCAGCUAGCUAGCUAGCUAGCUGAGCUGGCAGCUUUGUGUAGAUUCUAAAACAAGAAAUGACGGUUUGGCUCUAGGGUUUGGUUAUUCCUUACUGCCGCGCAAAGAAGAAAUUGUAGCUUUCGUUGACUCAAAGUCGAUCGCUUUUUUUCUCAACAAGAUAUAACGUGUGAAGCUUAAUAUGUGUGCUCCAUCGUCGAAGCGGUUGGUGGACUCCACCACCACCGGCCCGGUAGAUAAUCCUCCUCCGUCCUCUGCUGGUGACGGGGAGAGCAACUCAGCGCCGAUGCCAACAGAUUAUCAUCCCGGUAGUUACACCCUUGCAGCAGUGACACAAGAUGAUCCCGGCUCUGCACACCGCCUUCUCGAAAUGCCAGAUUAUCAGAACAGUAACCUCCAUCAGAAAGUCUGCAUUGAUUCAGAUCUUCACCCAAUGACGAGAACCAGGAAACUGCUGAACGCUAAAAACAAGGUUUUGUCUUUUUUGCGGCAGAAGUGUGGUGUGAUUUUAACAGGGGCCGUCUGCAUUUUGUUUUUCAACAUCAUCGGCUGGAUGGGUUGCUACAGUGUCUUGUUCGUGAGUCUGCAAGAUGAAUUCCAUAGUAGCGCCACAGAAACAGGUUGGGUGGGGUCACUUGCCUUCAUCAUCACCUCUUUGGUCACCCCUUUCAAGGACUGCCUCCGGCGUCGCUUCUCCAACCGCUCCAUCUGCAUCAUUGGUGUCAUCUGCUGCUCCGUCUCCGUGGUCACCUCCUCCCUGGUACCUCAGCUCUUCUAUCUCUUCUUCACGUUCGGCGUCUUGUACGGCGUGGGGACAGGCCUGGUCUUCAAGUCCUCGCUGGACCUGUUGCUGAGUCGCUUCCCAAGUUAUUGCGGUCGAGUGUCCUUCCUGAUCCUCACAGGUUCCACUGCAGGUGUUUUUGCCUGGACGCCAAUCUUGACUGCCUUAAUCGAUUUGUGGGGUUGGCGGCAAACCUGCCGUAUCUCCGCUGCCGUCAUUCUGCUUGUCUGCCUUCCCUCCACCCUUCCCAUGGGCAUGGCGCCUCCACCUCCUCAGUUUGAUGACACUAAAAAAUGUCCCAACACCAAGAAUGCCCACGACGCCGAGAUCGCUGAUGGCAAACUGAAGUCUGACAGGAAGAAAGCCAGACAGACAAGGAAUAACAAGGAGGAAAUCAAGUGGGCGGGGCUCAAAGAGAAGCGCAUUUUGUUCAUGCCAGAGGCAUGGCUCUUUGGCUUGGCCAAUCUAGUGUCCUACGUCAGCAUGGGUUUUUACAAUGUGAAUCUUGUGAGCUAUGCCACUAGCCUGGGCUACAGCAGCAACCAAGGCUCCACGCUAUUGACCAUUGCCGCCGCCUCUGAGGCCGGCUGCAAGCUGGUCUUUGCCAUUUUUGUCGAUAAAUUGCCUUUCCGCAAAGCGCACUUGAUGGCGGUGUUGUCGCUGGCAUCCACGCUCAUCACGCUGUCAUGUGCAUUUGUUCCAUCUUUCUCUGUAUUGUGUGUAAUUGGAGUAGGUAUGGGCUUGCUGCGGGCGGCCAUGAAUGCGCUACCGUUCCCGGUAGGCAUGGAGAUCUUUGGCCCACGUAAGACCAGCGGAUCCAACACCCUAAUUCUCUUUGCUGGAGGGUUGGGAACCAUCACAAGUGCCUUUGCCAUAGGUGGGACGUACGAUGCCUUCAACUCUUACGAUGUUGCCAUCUACAUCUGCACCGGCUGCCUGCUGCUGACGACUGUCCUGUACGUCCUGAUCCCUCUGAUCUCCAGACUGCACAAGGUCAUCGGCCUCAGGGUCAGGAUUGAUGAGGUCACAGGCGUGGCUGAGGUGAUCCCGGUGGUGGAAGACGAGACUGUCAUGAUUGAGGAAUUUGUCACAGUCCUCUGAAAUUGGCAGUUAAUGUCAUCUGUUUUCUGUUUGGCUGACCUUUGGGGGGGGUGAUGAGGUCAAAGGUCAAGUCUUGUCAAACUGUGAGCACUAGAGUUGCUGAAUGAAAUUACCUUGGAUGACUUGAACCCACGUCCUCCCACGUGUCUUCAGAGCUCUGCUUGUCUUUAAGUCAGUUUGGAUCAAUCGCACAAAAGCCUUGGAAGAUGUGAGUGAAUGAAACACUAAAAAGAAAAAAACCAUGCACUGAAUAUUCCUUGAUCAUUCCUAGACUGUCUAUUCCUGUCUGUGCUUUCAUAUUGCCACUUUUGGAAAGCUUUUCUUGUAAGCAAAGCCUGGCCAACAGUUUGGAUCGUGCUCUACUUUUCACACAUCAAAGUAGGGACCAACAACCGUUAAAUGCUUAUUUUGUAGUCGCAUUGCACAAAAUUGUCAAUGUUCAUGAAAGCUGUUCGCGUAAGUUUUCAACUCGUCAUUGAAAUGAACUAACGUAAAUUACGUAUAAAUGGGAUAAGUGCCCAAAAGCUCUGUUUAUGACUUUGACCAAAAAAAAAAGCAGGGUUGUGGAAGUCACACUGGUGCUAGUAGAAUUCUCAUUGUAGUCUUAUAUAGGUUACUAAUACGUUUGUUUGACUUGAGCUGGCAUUUUGUUUUACUUUUGUGGAUCUUCGUUUUCGUUUCAAAUGUUGAUGGUACGAAUCAUCUGAGCAUGUUCUAUGAGGACAUAGCAUUUCACGUCCAGUUUAUAUUAGUUGAUUAAAAUUUAUUUCGAGUCAAAUGAUUCACAACAGAACUUGCUGCCAACAAUGUAAUUGACUCUUUAGGUUGAGCAGGGUGCACCUGUAAUGAGUUUGAAUGUUGGGGAGAGGGGUGAAUGAUGUGUGCCAGUUUUAUGCAUGCUGCAAAAAGGACUGAAUGACAAGCUUGAAAAAAGCACAAAGUAUAUCUAUGCAGAGAAGAAAGUUGUAAAUUAUAUUCUUUUAGAAUGAGGAGAAAGAAAGCGAGAAAAUGUAGAAAUAAUGUCCUGUAAGUGGUCAAAACUGUUUUAUUUACAAACCAUUUUCUUAAUUACUAAGCGAAAUCACAGUUCAAAAGGAGAUCAAUAAGACUUAUAUUUUAGAAGUGACCUUGAGAACUAAAAUGGGAAAAUGGUUGGUUGGGCCAUGGCGAAAUUCUUUCCUCCAUGGUUGGACAUACAGGAUGUGGUUUGAAGGAAGAGCAGCUCACGUCUUAAAAACUGAAAUUGAACGUGAAAGAAUAAGAGUUUUGACAGUUGAUGAGUGUGUCGUGGAGAAAACCUUAAUUUCUUAGUGUGAUGUAUAUUAGUGAUGUGUAGAAUUUUAGAUAAAAGCAAUGAGGCAGCUCAUGGUAUAUUGAAAGAAACUGAUUUGUCUACAUCGGUAGAAUGCCAGUGUACAAAGAAAUUUUAGUAUUGGCCAAUGAAAACUGAAAAUAUACUAUUUAAUGCUGAAUAUGUCAUAAAGGUGAAAUAUGAACGUAUACAUGUUUAUAACUUAUGGUUUUGAGGAAAUUCUGCCUUAUUGCAAACGAUCUUUGAAGUAUUGCUUCAAACUAUGCACGUUUUAAGUAUUUAUUUGCUUGGUUUCUAGUACUGCUUUGCAAUGACUUUGGUUUGCCUGUACCAAUGCAAGAGUUGUCUGGUGCAAUUUCCUUUUCUGUUUAAUAAAGCACUUCUACUGACCCAUAUUGAAAUUAAA